CCAUAUCCGGCGGGAGCUCACGAGAAACGUAUUGAAUCUUUCGUUCAAAUAAGCUAUUUCUCAACAAAACCGUCAUCUUUCCUCAUUCUAGUAACCCAGACGAGCAGCGAAAACAUCCGUGAGUAGAUGAUGCUGUAUUUUCUCUAUGACGCCUUGCUGACACUGUGAGGCCACGAUGGCUGACGGUGCAACAGUAGACGUGAGCGAUCCGUUCUCAGGAGAAGAAGGUGGAGAAGCUCCAGAGAAGGAUGCGGGAGGUGGUUUGACGGAUGCUAAGAGGGAAGUGUUGGAGAGAUGCCUCCAUGCUCUCAAACAUGCUAAAAAUGAUAGCCAGACUUUGGCCGCACUUCUUUUGAUCACACGCUUGUGCCCAGCUUGCCAACUGGACAAACCCACCUUGAGGCGUAUCUUUGAGGCUGUGGGUCUCAACCUUCCAGCUCGGCUAUUGGUGACUGCCGCGAAGGGAAGCGGGGACCCCGGAUUGCCCCCACACGAGCUCCUUUCAUUGGGUGCAGCUCUGUUGUCUGCCUUAAGCACCGAUCCAGACAUGGCCUCUCAACCUCAGCUCCUUGCCACCAUUCCGCUACUGCUGAAAAUUUUAGCCUGCGGUGCAAGCGACCAACAGCAGACAGGUGAUGAAAAUGGAGACGGAGACGCUGGGCAGAUUCCAAAAAAAAUCAGUGAUGAGGCUAAGACAGCAAGACAAAGUGAGGUCAGCAUGCAAAAGGGCAAGGAUGAUGAUAACAGUGCGGCGAAUGAACCAUCAACACCGAACCCAAACUCACCACCUGGAAAACUUGAUGAGGCCGUAGCGGCUGACUGUUACCAGGUCCUGACUGCCGUGUGUGCCCAACCCAGGGGUCCUGACCAUCUGCUGAACCGAGGUGCUGUUCCUGCUCUCUGCCAGGCUUUAGAAUGGAACCAGACCUUGAGCCAUAGGAUGGGGCUUCCCUUGCUUGUUUGCCUCCUCUCGGGUAAAACCAAAGACAAAGCGUGGCGCGCACACUCAGCCGAACUGCUGCUUCUGCUGGUCAGGAUGUCCAAAGACUUCUGCAAAUCCACAGAGCAGAGCAGGCUGGAUAUGUGCUCCCAGUUGGUCAAUGUUCUACCCCCAGGAGGAGUCACAGUCGAGAGAGGGGUGCUGAGGGAAGUGGUGAGCCGAGUGUGGGGGGCACUGAGACCCAUGGUGCAGGCUAAAUUGACUCCGAGACAGAUUGGGCCAGUUUUGGUACUCAGCGCUUGUCUGCUUGAUUUGUAUGGUUGGGAGCUGGCUGGAUCGCCAAAGUUCUGCUGCUUACUGGUGAAUCGGGCUUGUGUGGAGGUCCGGAUGGGAUUGGAGGAACCGCCUGGAAACGAUCUGAGCCAAGAGCUGCAAGACACGCUCACAGGUUGUUAUCGGAUCAUGGAGGCGGCCAUCGAGCAGGCCUGCAACCCGGCUGUCAUGGCCGCUGCUUCGCCCGCUCCGAGUUCCAUCUCCACCUUAAGCCUGCAGCAGAGCAGGCAGGUCCUCGGCGUACUGGAGGAGGCCUUCUCGGCUCUCAUGUACCACCUGCAGCAGUUGGACCAGAGUCGCUACGGCGACCCUUUUAUUUUCGCCACAUUCCGCUGCCUGUGCUCCUGGCUGGCCGAGGAGACUUCCUGCCUCAAGGAGGAAGUGACCACGUUGCUGCCAAUUCUCAUCAACUACUCGCGGAGCCACCUCAUGGCCGAGAAUUCCGAGCAGGGGCUCUCCGACUGGAUGGGGAAGAUGUCCGUCACCGAUGAGGGCGGGACCUGGACGGGCAAAGAGGCGCUUAGGUAUCUCCUGCCAGCUCUGUGUCACCUCUCUGCCGAGGAAGGGCCCAGGAAGGUGCUGCUCACCCUUGACACGCCGGCCUUGCUGGUGUACUACCUUUCGCACAGCUUUACUUCCUUGAAGGGUAAAAGCGGAACGUCCUCAGUGAGGGAGCCCAGCAUGGAGACGGCCUGCUCGGCCCUCCUUAACUUCUCCGUCACUGAGGCUGAAAGAGUCAGGAAGGAUCAAUGCUUCCAAACUUUGGAGAAGCACCUCAGCGAAGCACUUCCUGUUUUGGUGCACAAAUCUGGCCUCCUUGUCCUUGCAGCAAAUUACUGCACGUUGGGUUUGAUGAUUGGCAGACUGAAAUCAGCUCCAACAGGUUCGGGUGAAGCCAGUCAAAGGCGCUUCUUUUCCACGGCUCUCCGCUUUCUCCACGGCGCCCUGGACGCUGAGCUCAGCCCGGGGCCGGUUAAGGUGAGCUCCGGCUGGGAGGACAGCUGGGAGGAGGUCGCCGAACUCUGGAGGUUGGCUCUGCAGGCUCUGGGGGGCUGUUUCCGCUCUCAGUCCUGGUUGACCGAGCUAGUCAGAGAGGAAGGAUGGUUGAGGAACACACUCGGCAUGCUGGGCUGCUGUAGCGCACUACCGGACCAGCACACGCAGGAGGCGCUAGAGGAGGCUCUGUGUGCCUUGGCCAACCAGUGCCCACUCUGCAAACAGGACAUUAUGGAAGCCAUGAAGAAGCAUCAUGAUACAGGAGCUUUAAGCUGCAUGAGAAACCUUAAGAAGAUGAUCGGAGUGAAAUGACUGAAAAAAAAGUAAAGCUUUAAACACUUGCAGAUGGUUGUAAUGAAAUGAGGGAAAUCCUGAAGCCAAGGUGCAUCUGUGACAAGCAAUAGUUACCUUUGAGCACCAACUGAAUUUAUCAUACUUCAAUUGGAAAUAAUUGUCAAAUGGUAACAGAAUUUAAUAAAGAAAUAUUUUUUAUGAUUGAA